AUGUCAUCUUCUUCAAGCAUCAAGAGCAUCAGAAGUAGAAGGAUAGUAAGGAGCGGUGGAGUUGACUUGUGCAAGUGUAAUGAAGAAGCUUCUAUCUUUACAUCAUGGACUGCAAAGAAUCCUGGUAGAAGAUUUUAUGGAUGUCCAAAUUACAAGGAUGAAAGUAUGAAUUGCAAAUAUUUCACGUGGAUUGAUGAUGAACUUACAAUCCAAAGGUACAAGGAUCUACUCUUCAAUAUGAACCAUGAUAUGAAGGGUAUGGAAGAUGAGAUCAAAAAAUUAAAGUUAAAGUUGAAGAAAAAAAACAUGUUUGGAAUGUUAAGAACGAAGAGUAAAAUAUGUUAG